AUGCCGCUACUAGGGUUGAGACUGCAAAUAACACGCUCGGCGGCCCGGUGAAAGAGCAAGACCCAUGUUUCGGUUGUCGGCGUUCCGCAUCAAAGUCGGCGUCUUCCCGGCCAUUUUUUUUUGGGGGGGGUUCUCACAACAUUAUAUCUUGAAUCAUGCCUCAUCACGACUAAUCCGACCGGCACACGGGUGAUGUCGAAGAAAAAGGACAUUGCCGUCGAAAUUUUUGCGGCAGGAGAUGGAGUCAACUAUCCCCGCAAAGGUCAAACCGUUACCGUUCACUACAGCGGCUACCUCCCGAGCGGCGACAUGUUUGACUCUUCGAGAGAUAGAGGUAAGCCAUUUAAAUUCAAACUUGGUGGCGAGCAAGUCAUCCCGGGCCUCGAUGCUGGUGUCUCCCAGCUUAGUAUCGGUGAACGAGCUAAGAUUGUGAUCCCACCAGACAUGGCCUAUGGCGAUCGCGGGUUUCCAGGCCUGAUCCCAAGGAAUUCUGCCCUGAUCUUUGACUUGGAACUCAUAACCUUCAACUGAUGGACAUUGUGCCUUCGCGAGUCGAUUGUUGAUAUCGGUCGAUUGUUGAUCGGCCGUGACAUUGGUUUGCUGCAGCACGACCUCGGAUUCCGACUUUGACGCCCCAAGUCCCAAGACUUGGUGCCGCACUCGGUGUGGACCUCUUGCUGCACCUAUGGCCCGCCGCUUUACUUGACGAAGGGCUGCUGUUGCUAGACUACCCCAACGCCAACCUGCCCUGGCUGCCCUAAUCAGGGCACCCUCAAGGUACAGCCACCUUUCAAGUCAAACUACGGGACCGGAAAGCGGGGUAGACUGCGCCACUGUGCAGUGGAUGGUGAUUAUUAGCGAGAUAGUCGCUACUAGUAGUAGUAAACUCCGGGACAGGG